UCUUUAAUCGCCUCUUCUCGCGAUCUCCGUCCUAAUGAAAAGUCCUCUCCUUCGCCGCCCUUCCUCUCCCCUCGAUCCCCGGCCUCCGCCAGCUAAUGGCUUCUCCUCCGCCGCCUGAGUCGCCCUCCAUGGCCGAUCCGGACGUACUUUCUUCUGCUUCGGGCUCUGAUGAUGAUAAUGAUAUCGUCACUGAGGGUUCUGCAUUUGUUCACAAUGAGCCUGCCCAAGAUGAUAAAGAUUUACCAAAAAUUGAGUCAGAGAUGGAGGUUCUUCACGAGAAAGUCAAAAAGCAAAUUAUUAAGGAAGGCCAUGGUCAAAAACCACCAAAACUGUCCACUUGCUUCUUGAAUUAUAGGGCAUGGGUUAAAAGCACUUCACACAAGUUUGAAGAUACUUGGCAAGAGCAGCGACCAAUUGAACUUAUAUUGGGAAAAGAAAAAGCAGAACUGGCUGGUUUGGCAAUCGGCAUUGCUAGCAUGAGGAGCGGGGAACGUGCACUCUUUCAUGUGGGUUGGGAACUUGGCUACGGGAAAGAAGGAAAUUUUUCAUUCCCAAACGUCCCCCCUAUGGCAGACCUUGUUUAUGAGGUUGAACUUAUUGGCUAUGAUGAAGCCAAAGAAGGAAAAGCCCGAAGUGACAUGACAGUUGAAGAGAGGAUUGAAGCUGCCGAAAGAAGAAAGGUGGAAGGAAAUGAUUACUUUAAGGAGAAAAAGGUUGAGGAGGCCAUGCAACAGUAUGAAAUGGCAAUAGCAUACAUGGGGGAUGACUUCAUGUUCCAGCUAUUUGGAAAGUACAGGGACAUGGCCUUGGCUGUGAAGAACCCUUGCCACCUCAACAUGGCUGCAUGCUUGAUCAAACUAAAGCGCUAUGAGGAAGCUAUUGGUCAAUGUACAAUUGUAUUAUCGGAGGAUGAGAACAAUGUGAAGGCGCUGUUUAGACGGGGGAAAGCUAGAGCAGAACUCGGUCAGACGGAUGCUGCCAAGGAGGACUUUGAGACGGCAAGGAAAUAUUCUCCACAGGACAAGGCUAUUGUCAGGGAGCUGCAUCUGCUGGCUGCACAUGACAAAGCUGUUUAUCAGAAGCAGAAAGAGAUUUACAAAGGGAUCUUUGGACCGAGGCCUGAACCCAAACCUAUGAGGUCAAAUUGGCUCGUUCUCUUUUGGCAGUGGCUUGUAGCUCUGGUUUGUCGCUUAUUCAGGAUCCACAGGUCUAAAGCAGACUAAACGUCCAGUAGGAGAUAGUUAUCGAUUAUGUAUGCUUAUUUGGGAACUAUGGAAGUGUGGAUCAUAUUUCCAAGUCUAUAUUUGUGUUUUUCUAAUUGUUUCUCGUUGAGGAUUCUAAAGAGAGAAUCUUUGCUUGGUUUUGAUUG